AUGUCCACCUCUCGGAGUCUAGGGAUGCCCUCUGUCUAUUUACUAGUUAUACUUCUUUUAUCACUAAUUAUCAGUUUGAUUUCUGGAGAAGCAGAAGUAAAGUUUACAGGACAAACAGAAUUUGUAGUGAAUGAAACAACUACAACAGUUAUACGUCUCGUUAUUGAAAGAAUAGGAGACCCAAUAAAUGUCACAGCAAUUAUAUCGAAGCCGCUUCAAGGAGUAAAGCUUGGAUUGCCCAGAGCUGUAACUGUAACAAUUUUAUCAAAUGACAAUGCCUUUGGAAUUAUUUCUUUUGAUAUGGUUGAAGGUGGUCCAAAUUCCCCUAAAGAAGAUUUGAGUCCAGUAAAGGGAAAUAUAACCUUUAUGCCUGGCACAGCUGUCUUGAUUUAUAACUUAUUUGUUCUUGAUGACCAGAUAUCAGAAAAUGAUGAAAUAUAUAUUAUACAUUUGAGAAGCGUGGAAGGGGGAGCUGAAAUUAAUACAUCAAGAAAUUCUGUUGAGAUUAUUAUUAAAGCGAAUGACAGUCCAGUGCGAUUCACUCAGAGUGUUUAUAUGGUACAUGAAGAAGAUGAUAUAAUAGCAAUCACAGUAGUUCGAGGUAAAGAUGAUGGUGGAAACAGAAUUGGACCAGAUGAACAUCAAGUUUCCAUAAGCUACGUCAUUGUAACGGGGAACUCUACACUACAUGCACAGCUUAACUUAGACUUUCUAAAUCUACAGCCAAAUGCAACUAUUGUUUUUCCACCUCUAGUGCAUGAAUCUUACAUUAAAUUCAAAAUCAUUGAUGAUGCCAUACCAGAAAUUGCUGAGACGUUUCAUAUCAUGCUACUUAAAGAUACCUUGCAAGGAGAUGCCAUUUUGAAAAAUCCAUCAAUUGUUCAAGUUACCAUUAAGCCCAAUGAUAAACCAUAUGGAGUACUAUCUGUCAAUAGCAUCUUGUUUACUCAGACAGUUGUUAUCAAUGAAGAUCAAAUGCUGAGAUAUGAAGGCAUCACUGUUGUAAGGAACGGUGGAACACACGGAAAUAUUUCAGUUUCCUGGAUUAUAACUCGCAAUAGUACUGAUCCUUCACCUGUGACAGCAGAUAUCAUUCCAGACUCAGGGGUGUUAUAUUUUGCUCAAGGACAGUUAUUGGCAUCUCUCCCUCUGAAUAUUAUUGAUGAUGAUGUCCCUGAAGAAGCAGAGCCAUAUCUGCUUCAAAUUCUAGAUCAUACAAUACAAGGAGGGGCAGAAGUGAGUGACCCAGCUGAGCUUUUGUUCUACAUUCAGGACAGUGAUGAUGUUUAUGGUGUGAUACAAUUCUGUCAUUUGGAGAAUCAGAGGAUAGAAAGCAGCCCAGAUGGACGCUUUUUGUUGCUUAGUUUUGUAAGGCAAAGGGGAACCGUGGGAGAUGUGAGGCUCUUUUAUGUCAUCAUGUAUAUUCCUUCUGGACCUGUGGAUCCUGAACGAGCUAAAGAAGGUGUUUUAAACACUUCCAGAAGAAGUAUCCUCUACUUUCCAGAAGGAAAAUCUAAUGACACCAUUAAAGUACCAAUAAGAAAUGAUGCAUUUCUUCAAAAUGGAGCCCAUUUCUUAAUACAGCUGGAAAAAGUUGAAUUACUGAAUAUUAUUCCUCGAGUUCCAUCUGUAAGUCCUCGAUUAGGUGAAAUUCAAUAUAUAUCCUUAAGAAUUACACCUGAUAUAGCAAAUGGAGAAAUUGGCUUUAUCAGCAACCUUCCAAUAAUUUUACCUGAGCCAGAAGAUUCUCUUUUUGCAGUGAGCUCCAUUCCUUUGCAUCGAGAUGGGACAGAUGGACAAGCUGCUGUAUUCUGGAGCCUAACACCUAUAGGCCUCAAUCCAAAAGCUGUGACUAUUGAUGAUAUAUGGCCUUUUUCUGGCUCGGUUCUGUUUUUAUCUGGACAAAGUGACACAGCAAUCAACAUUACUAUUCAAGCUGAUGACAUCCCUGAAAUGAAUGAGAUACUAACAUUAUCAUUAGACAGUGUGAAUGCGGAAAAUCAAAUCCUGAAAUCUGGAUAUACCAGUCGCAAAUUGAUCAUUCCAGAAAAUGAUGAUCCUGGAGGAGUGUUCGAGUUUGCUUCAUCUUCCAGAGGCCCCUACAGGAUAAAGGAAGGGGAAUCUGUUGAACUCCAGAUUGUCCGGUCCAGAGGAGCACUUAUGAAGCAAUUUCUACGUUACACUAUAGAGCCAAGAGACAGCAAUGAAUUUUAUGGAAAUACAGGAAUCCUGGAGUUUAAACCUGGGGAAAGAGAAAUUAAAAUUACUUUGCUGACAAGAAUGGAUGAGAUUCCAGAGUUAGAUGAAUUUUACUCAGUGCUCCUCAGUAGCCAUGGUGACCUGCCAAGUAAGCUGGGAAAUGCCACAAGAGUCAACAUCACAAUUCUGAAGAAUGAUGAUCCACAUGGAAUUAUUCAGUUUGUUGACAACAUACUGACAGUAACAAUAAAUGAAAGUAAAGGGGAAGAUUUCUAUGCUGCUGUUUUUAAAAUAAUAAGAAACAGAGGAACCUUUGGCAGCGUGAACGUAUCUUGGGCAGCAGACUCAAUUUCUACAAAAGAUAUUUUUCCAGAUCAAGGAACAAUUUUCUUUGGAAAUGAGGAAUUUUCAAAAGAUAUCACCAUUUAUUCAGUGCCUGAUGAGAUACCUGAAGAAAUGGAGGUAUUCAUAAUUAGUCUUUUCAAUACUACAGGCGGUGCUAGCCUGGGAAAUAUAACCACAGCAACCUUGCAGAUUACCAAAAAUGAUUAUCCAAUUUACUUUGCAAAUCCUAUUAUUCUGAAGGUUCAUGAAGGUGGCAUUGCAGAAUUUGUAGUUGUAAGAAAUGACAGUGGUACUGAUGUUGUUUCUGUUUUAUAUGCCACUAUUAAUGGAAGUGCCGGUGCUGAAGAAGAUUUCAUGUCUUGUGAAAAAAAUGGAGUGCUUUGGUUUGAUAUUGGAAUAAAAGAACAGAAUAUAACUUUGUUUAUCCAUGAUGAUGAUGCACCUGAAUCAGAUGAGAAUUUUUAUAUAAUUCUCUUCAACUCUACAGGAGACACAGUCAUUUACAAACCUAGAAUGGCAACAGUAAUAAUUGAAGCAAAUGAUGACCCAAAUGGCAUUUUUAUACUUGAGUCUACAGGCAAAGCAGUGGAAGAAGGCAAGACCAAUGACUUUUUGAUCCUGAGGCACAGAGGCUACUUUGGCAAUGUUUCUUUGGCCUGGCAGCUAUUUAGCAAUAAUUCUGCUUUAGAUCCAGGAGAAGAAUUCUAUGAAGUGUCUGGAAUUGUAUGGUUCAUGGAUGGUGAACAGUCACACUCUAUAACUCUUCAUGCUAUUCCUGAUAAAAUUCCUGAAUUCAAUGAAUUUUAUAUGCUAAAACUUGUGAAUGCUUCAGGUGGGAUUCCUGGUCCUGGUGGCCAGUUAUCUGAAACCAACCUUUCUGUGACUGUGAUGAUCCCAAUUAAUGAUGACCCCUAUGGAGUGUUUAUCUUAGAUCCUCAAAGCCAAGACAGGGAGGUAGCAGAAGACAUUCUGUCUGAAGAUGAUACAUCCUUUAUUACCAGUUUUACAGUAUGGAGGCAACAGGGAACUUUUGGAACUGUUAGGAUUGGCUGGGAAAUAUUAUCUAGCACCUUCAGAGAAGGAUUACCUCUAAUGAUUGACUACUUAUUGCUUGGAAAGUUUUCAGAUUCAGUAAAGUCAAAGCCUCACAUGCGACGGCAUCAUACUGGAACAGAUGUUUUAUAUUUUAGUGGCGAAGAAGAUGCAUAUGGGAUUAUUGAGCCCGAGCUCCAUGUUAGUAAAAACAGAAUACUUACCAUCUUCACAUUUUCAGCAUGGGUAAUUCCUAAUGCCAACAGUGAUGGAUUUAUAAUAGCAAAGGACAGUAGUAAUGGACUAAUAUAUUAUGGAGUAAAAAUAGGCAUAAACGAAUCCCACCUUUCUGUAGAGCUCUAUUACACGCCAUUACAGUCUAAUGUGACAUAUAUAGCUAAGAUAACAGUGAUGAAAUACUUGGAGGAAAAUACUUGGCUUCAUCUUCUGAUUAUGCUCAGUAAUGGCACUCUUGAGUUUUUCAUUGAUGGGAAGCCUGUGCCUGGGGGCAUUAAGAGUCUCAAAGGAAAAGCAAUUGCUGAUGGACCAGGAAUAAUUAAAGUUGGUGCUGGCAUGAAUGGUGGUAGCAGGUACAAAGGACUGAUGCAAGAUGUGAGGUUUUAUGAAUGUAAAUUAACAAAGGAAGAGAUCAGUGAACUUCAUGCCAUGCCAGCAAGGUCUGAUUUGUACCCCAUCUCUGGAUACUUAGAAUAUCGACAAGGAGAAAGCAAUAAAUCAUUCAUUGUUUCUGUCAGAGAUGAUAAAGAAGAAGAAGGAGAGGAGCUGUUCAUUCUAAAGCUUAUUUCAGUUUAUGGAGGAGCACGAAUUUCACAAGAAAACACAACUGCAACAUUAAAAAUCCAGAAGAGUGAUAAUGCCAAUGGACUAUUUGGUUUCACAGGAGCAUGUAUUCCACAGGUCUCUAAUGAAGGUUCUACGGUGUCUUGUGUAGUGGAACGCACCAGAGGGGCCCUGGAUUCUGUUUUUGUGUAUUACAGUAUCUCUCAGAUUGAUUCUUAUGGCAUUAAUUACACUGUUACUGACUUUGCUAACAGUAGUGGAAUGAUAACAUUUCUUCCUUUCCAGAGAUCAGAGGUUUUGAAUCUGCUUGUGCUUGAUGAUGAUACACCUGAACUGAAAGAAUAUUUUCAGGUGACAUUAGUAUCUGCUGUUACUGGGGACGGAAAAACAGGCUCAACCCCAACCAGUGGAGCUAGCAUAGAUCCAGAGAAGGAAACUACUUACAUCACCAUCAAAGCUAGUGACCAUCCUUAUGGUUUGUUACAGUUCUCCAUUGGGCAGCCUCCUUCAGGCAGUGAUGAAAUCAUUAUUUCAGCCAUGACAGCACCCCACAUUACUGUCAAGGAAGAAGUAGGACAUGUCAGUUUGCUUGUUGUUCGAGCACAAGGCCUACUUGGGACAAUUGUGGCACAAUACAGAACAGUUGCACUAACAGCAUACAGCCCUCAAGAUUAUCAGGGAAUUACAGGCACCUUGGAAUUUCUGCCAGGAGAAAGAUACAAGCACAUUCUUGUUAACAUUACAGAUAAUUCUAUCCCUGAACUGGAAAAGGCUUUCAAAGUAGAAUUGCUGAAUCCAGAUGGGGCAGUUGCUGAACUUUUUAAUGGUGGCAGUGGUAGUGGUGAUGGUGAUUUGGACUUCCUUCCUCCUGUCCAUCAAUAUGGCAGUCUGGGAAUAGCAUCUCAUAUCAUAGUGACUAUUGAAGCCUCUGAUGAUGCUCAUGGCGUUUUUGAAUUCAGUGCUGAAUCCCUCUCUCUGAAUGGAACAGAACCUGAGGAUGGAAGAGGAACUAUCACAUUUGAGGUUAUUAGACAUCAUGGUGCAUUGUCCCAGGUGAUGUUAUAUUGGUUUAUAGUGCCAAAUGAUACUGAAGAUGUGGUUGCAACAAGUGGCAACAUAACUUUCCACACAGAGCAAAGAAAAGCAAACUUAACUGUGCAGAUUUUGCCUGAUGAAAUUCCAGAACUAGACAAGACAUUUUCAGUUUAUAUCAUUAAUAUUACUUGUGGACGGCUUGGAGUUCACACAAAUGCUACAUUAACUAUUCUUGCAAAUGAUGACCCGUAUGGACUUUUGAUUUUCUCUGAAAAAAAUAGGCCAAUCAAAGUUGAGGAAGAAACCAAGAAUGUCACCCUUACGAUAGUAAGGUUGAAAGGUCACUUGGGAGUAGUCAAUGUUACAUAUAGAACCAUGCGUGAUGAAGAUGAAUCAGCCUAUCUGCCAUCAAAUAUUGCAAGGGCAACAGUGGAGGAAGAUUAUCUGCCCAUUUCAGGAUUUGUAAUCCUUUCAGCCAAUGAAAGUGAAGCUACAUUAGACCUCCCUAUUCUGGAUGACAGUGAACCAGAGAAAUCAGAAUCUGUAUUUGUUGAGCUUCUUGGUGCCACUUUGAUAGGAGAAAUCCAUCAUCAGCCAU